AUCACCACAUCCUUUCCCAGCACUAGCACAAGUACGAGCAUGGCCGUCCUUUCCCGACUCAUCCCUAGCGCAACGAGCGCCUAUCUACUCCAAGCAGCACUGGCUCUGAUCUUCGUCCCACAACAGAAUGAAAAGUACUACGAUCUGGGCGGUGCGGCAGGCUUUCUGAGCACCUCUCUUCUGUCGCUCUACUAUCCCGCUCUCAAAGCCAAGUUCAAUCACGGCGUCCCGCUCCCUCCAAUCACGUCCUUCGCGCCACGCCAGUUGCUGGUGACUGCUGCUCUCGGACUCUGGAGCGCACGGCUGGGAUCUUUCUUGGUUGCAAGGGCGCUCAAGGCCGGUGGCGACUCGCGUUUCGACGAGGUGAAGAAGGAUCCCAAACGUUUCAGUUUCUUCUGGUUCGCACAAGCGACCUGGGUUUUCGUGGUUGGCCUUCCUGUGUACCUCGUCAACACCGUGCCACCGGUGUUGCACCCAGCUCUCUCCCGCCGCGACUACCUCGCCCUCGGCUUGUUUGCUGGAUCAUUCCUGUUCGAAGUCAUCGCGGACCGGCAAAAAACUCAAUGGCGACGCGCCAAAGACGCGAAACGUCAUGACGAGAACUUCAUAUCCAGUGGACUGUGGGCUAUUUCCCGGCAUCCCAACUAUGUCGGCGAAGUAGGCAUCCACAUCGGCAUCUGGGCUCUCGCUACGGGAAGUCUGACCAGCAUUCACUUUCCAACGGGGACCGCCGUCGCUGCGCUUGCCAGCCCGUUGCUCACCUACUUCUUACUUCGAAAGGUCGAAACCAUAGUCGCUUCCGCCCGUUCAUUCGUUAACGAUGUAACUCAGGUUUCCGGAGUUCCUCCGCUGGAGAAAGCCGGCGACAAGAAGUUUGGAGCUGAUCCGAAGUGGCAGCAGUACAAGCGUCCGAAGCACGGUACCGGUGUUCUGGCCCUGGGGCCCUUUGGAGUGAUUGGUCGUGUUAUGAUAAAUUUCAGGCAACGGGUUGGACAGUAUCCCCAAUUCUUUGUCUCUGCGACCGCCUGUCUCUUCCCACCUCCGGCAAUGAUCAGCGCCAGUCUCGUUCUCGCUGCAUGCGCCUUUGCGGGAAUCGCCGACGCGCAUCCGUACCAUGAUCAGCAGCCGAUGGCCCACGAUUUGGAGCGUCUUGUCGAUGUCAUCGACGUGACGACCGAGCCGUGGGGAAGCAAAUUCGGCCUCCAGACUGACCUGCCGUACUCCGGCCCGCUGAGCUUCGCGCAUCUACCGUACAGCAAGUGUCUGGAAGACGGCCAGUCGCGGUUCGAUAUCGCUAUCUUGGGAUUGCCCUUCGACACGACGACGUCCUACCGACCCGGUGCACGCUUUGGUCCUACGGGAAUCCGCAUUGGCUCCAGGAGGCAGCACAUCGAGGGCUACACUCUGGCGUGGAACUCUAGCCCGCACGAGCUUGGAGCGAGCAUCUUGGACUGCGGAGACGUUCCUCUUACCCCGGUCGACAAUGCCCAAGCACUGGAACAGAUGGAAGUUGCGUAUACGACACUUCUCAAUCGGCCUGUUCAAGGCGGCACUAACACGGCGUACAAAUCAUCCACUGCUGCACUGGCAAAGGACGGAUCGGAGCACCCGAGACUGGUUACGCUAGGCGGAGAUCAUACCAUCGUUCUUCCGAUCCUGCGUUCGCUGAACAAGGUCUAUGGACCCGUCAGCGUCAUCCAUUUCGAUGCUCACUUGGACACAUGGGCGCCUCCUCCGCUUUCCACUGGAAUAGGGCGAAUCAACCAUGGCUCUUUCUUUGCUAUCGCUGCGGAGGAGCACCUGAUCGCGAAUAACAGCAUCCAUGGCGGGAUCCGCUGCCACAUGGGCCGACAAGAUAUUGUGCACGACACCGAAGUCGGAUUCCAGCUGAUCAGCGCCGAAGACAUUGACGACUACGGUGUUGAUCAGAUUAUCAGCAAGAUUCGCCAGAGAGUAGGAAACAGCCCGGUAUAUCUCAGUCUCGACAUCGAUGUCAUCGACCCUGGUCUUGCUCCCGCUACCGGUACACCCGAGGUCGGCGGCUGGACUACUCCUGAUAUCACGAGUAUUGCGGCUGCUGAAAUCAUCUUCGACUUCCUCAAUAUGAUGCAAAUGGAUGCACCCCCAAAGCCUCAUGUCGGACCGUUCUAGAUACUGUACUUUCACCCAAAAUGAUGCAUUACUGCUAUCCUUGCAAAAGUCUCCACGACUUGAACAGGUGAAAGCAAGUUCCGGGCGUAGCAAGCAUGAAUGCUU